AUGAUGCCUGUUUUUUUCAUGGUGUGUUGCUGGCUGCUCUCUAGAUCAGAAGGAAAAGGUUUUGAUAGUGAAAUACUUCGUCCUCCUUCCAUCCGUGUGAAUACCAGCAGGGGAAUCCUACUGGGAGGAACUGCGACGAUCCUCUGUCAUAGUCCUCUACAAUUGGGAAUGCAUUUCUAUCUGGAGAAAGAUGGCCAGAACAUAACUGCAGACCCACAAGUAGAUGGAGGAGUAGCUACUUUUUCCAUAUACAAUGUGAGCAGAGAGCAUGGAAGGAUGUAUGCCUGUUACUAUUAUGAUAAGAACCAACAACGAUCAGAACAUAGUGAAUCUGUGGAGCUGCUGGUAAUAGACCCUGAUCUGCCCAGGCCCAACAUCUCCCUGAGCCCUGGCAAAAUGGCAUUCCCUAGUAGCAACAUCACCAUUCAGUGCUGGAUCAAAGGUCUGAACAACACAUUCUAUCUACAUAAUGCUGGAGGUCCGAUAACGUCAGUGGUGCCAGCUAGGGACAUGGCCGUGUUCCAUAUUAGCAAUGUGAGCUUGGAUCAUGGAGGAAACUACAGCUGCAGCUACCAAGUCCAGUCGGAUUUUUUCAUUUCCUCAGAUACUAGUGACACUAUGGAGCUCUUGGUGUUUGGAAAUAAGUUUCAGAGACAUCCCAAAGAUUCCUAA